GAUGCUGCUGCUGGGUCAGUGUUAUGCCGUCUAUUAAUAAUAACAGUCAAAAGAGCCACAACGACGAAAAGGAGAAGGAGGGGAAAUCCACAUCACCAUUUCUCUUUAUCUCAAUCUGCAGGGAUGAAACAAACAAUGUGACAUAACCGCGCUUCAACUCCGACCAAAACGCUUUUUAUCCCGCUUUGUAUUCGUCUUUUUCACAGGUGCCAUUGUCUCGUAGCUUCUCACACAGCUGGCAGACAGUCCCUGGCACAGCUCGGGGCACUUUAUAGCGUCCAUCCAUCUGCACGGCGGCUGCGGCUUGUUGGUAAACAGGAUCGGACUCCCUCUGGUGCAUUGAUGCACCCGUUUCAGUGGUGUAACGGGUGCUUCUGUGGUCUGGGACUGGUUUAUUCCAACAAGUCGUGCACCAUGCCGCCCAUCACCUUCCAGGACCUGCCUCUCAACAUUUACAUGGUCAUCUUCGGGACAGGCAUCUUUGUCUUCAUCCUGAGCCUUGUCUUCUGCUGUUACUUUAUCAGCAAACUACGACACCAAGCCCAGAGUGAGCGGUUUGGAUACAGAGAGGUGGUUUUAAAAGGUGACCCAAAAAAGUUGAAUCUUCAUGGGCAGACGUGCGCCGUGUGUCUCGAAGACUUCAAAGUGAAAGACGAGCUGGGAGUGUUGCCAUGCCAACAUGCUUUCCACAGGAAGUGUCUAGUAAAGUGGCUGGAGGUGCGCUGUGUCUGCCCCAUGUGCAACAAACCAAUAGCUGGCCCCCCUGAGCAGCACCACAGCAUAGGGACCCUUCUUGAUGAACUGGUGUAACUGAUGGACCCCUGCAGGCCUGGGACAGCUCGCCGGGCCCGGGCCCGAGCAGCUGAUAUAAUUUUGCGACCACCAGGAACAGGGACCCUGUGUUGCUGCUAAAAUAUCAGCGAUGACAUACCGACAUGAUAACAGUAAGCUGGGGUAACCUAGUUACCACCCAGAGGAAGACUGAAGGAUGCUGUUGCCUAGCGACCAUUUCCAAUAUGGCAACACGACACCUUGUGGUGUCUGAGAGAUUAUCUCCAGCCACCCACACAUCACUCCACCACUCUUCUUUCAUCAUUCCCCCCCCCCCGCCCCUCCACACACCCCUCACAUCUUCUCUGGUUACCUCGAGUCAAGUUAAUGACACCACUGAAGAAGAGUCAUGUUUCACAGCGACAAGCGAGUGUAGAAGGAUUGCAGCGCGGGGUCAGAGGCACUGAUCCCCUCCGAGCAUGUAUGAGUGUCGAAUGUCAUGGUGGUUACUAACCUGAAAUGUGGUUAUUAAAACUAUCGCUUAAUUCUUUGAGUAAAGACAUUUUUAAACAAAGCUGCAGAGAAAAUGACAUUUCAUUGUCCCUUAAUUGGGUAUUGUUAGGUAUAACAAGGGUUGGACAAAAAUAUCUGGAGCCAUCGAGAUACAGAGUUCAGAUGAGAAUUAAUAACAUUGUGAGGCGAAGACAUAGACAGGGUUAACUGAAACUGCUUUAAGCGAAAUAAAAACGUUCAAAUAAAGUUUGGGGCCAAAGAUUAUGAAGUCGCAUUGGUUACAAAAAGAAAUGUGAAUUCAACGGGACCUAAAUUAAUCUUAUUAACAUCUCAAACUGUAGUCCACAUGUAGCAAAUUAAUCAGUAUUUCCAUUUAAAACCAAUUGCGAAACCGAUGUAAUACUGAUGAUUGAUGUGGCGCCCAUCUUUACAGUGAUAUAAUGUUCUAUGUGUUGUUUUUCCCACUGGGAUGUUAUUUUAAUGUUCAAACAUGUUUUAAUUGUGUUAAUAUAGAUAAAAGGAAAUGACACUUUUUACCUUUCACUUGAACAUCGUGUUUUUUUGUUGAUUAUUUUUUUUAGAUAUUGCACUUUAAAUUCACAAAAAACAUACCGCCUUUGUUCUUCUAAAAUGUUAAGACUAAAGUUUGGAUGCAGCAUAGCUGGUCCCUUGUUCUAAGGUGUGGUGAAUCUUUUAUAAAAGUCUGUGAAGUAUCCGAGAAGCUGCUUCAUGUGAAGAGAAAAGAAGCAGCAAAGCCUCGGUGUUGUUCUGUGAAUUCACCUGGGAAGAAACUAGAUCUCACUUUUAUACAUUUCUGUGGCAUUAUUGCUGGUGAUUCUGUUUUUACAUUCCUCCAUCGUAUUUUUUUGUGAUUUACACGAUUCAGAAAGCGACACACUGCCUAAAAUUGAGCACAAAACUCACAAAGCACAUUGUCCACAUACAGUAGGCACCUGCUCUGUACAUAAAGCCAAACACAUACACACACACACACACACACACACACACACACACACACACACACACACACACACACACACACACACACACACAUAUAAGGCUGUUGACUUCAUUCACAUGAGUCCGCGUGCCAAGAAAAGAAAAGAAAAGAAAAUAUCAAAGAGAUUUGUUCACUCUGAUUCUGGCCACAUUCCACAUUUUGUAAUCCAAACAGAUGUAAAUAUCUUGAAACAAUAAUAAAUACAGUUGUCUGUUUUAA